AUGGCCACGGGCUUCGCCGCGGCGUCGAGCACAGCUCGAAGCCACCACCUUCCAUGGCCGCUGCCUGCCGCCUCACGCGCGAGGCUGGUCUGCGCCAAAAGGGUUUCUACCACCGGCGCUCCGCCACAGCCGUGGGCGCCGCGGCACGCCGUCACAACCACUUCCCGGGCGGCGGGGGCCGGGGCGCCGUCUUCGGCCUCGCCGGACGCCGUCACGUACUCCUCCAGCAUCGACACCGACAUGCCCCUCUACGAACCCCCCGGGGUGUCGUUCGACGAGUACCUCCAGGACCGCCCGCGCGUCUUCCGCGCCAUGUUCCCCGACGAGAGCAGAAGCCAGCGGCUGAGCGAUGAGGAGUGGCGGAUCCAGAUGCUGCCGCUGGAGUUCCUCCUCAUCACCGUGCGCCCCGUCGUCGUCAUGCAGCUGCGCAACCGCGGCGGCGUGCUCGAGCUCCGAAUCACGGAGUGGGAGCUGAGGGGGCUGGAGAGCGGCUACGCGCCGGCGAGCUUCGACCUCGGUGUGCGGGGGUCGCUCUACGCGGACAGGGGCCGGCGCCGCGGCUCCCGGCUGAGAGGCCACCUCGAGAUCUCCAUCACCGUCGCCCUCCCGCCGCCCCUGCGGAUCGUGCCGGAGGGUGUCCUGCGAGGCGUCGCCGAGUCGGUUCUGUCGACCCUUGCCGAGAGGAUGAAGCGGGACGUGGACGUCGGCCUCGUCGCCGACUUCAGGAGGUUUCGGAUGGAGAAGGCGGCGUCCAGAGCGGCGGCGGUCGUGAGAGCAGACAGAGAAGCCUGAACUUUAGGCUCAAUUUGUUCUUCUUUCUGACCAAAGUAUCAUCUCCGGGUAUUCGUUUCAAGGAUUCUUUUGUAAGAUCCUAAGAUGUUGCGUGCGGUACAUAAAUGCAUCGCCUGUGUAGAGUGUGAAAUACAUGUUGAUCCUUGCAUCGAGAAAUCUUGAAACAAAAUGCAUGAUCUCCAGAAAUGGACUAUCAUGGGCUAUCAUGGAUUCAUCGGAGAAUUCAAUCUU